AUGCCGACGCCUUUGGAUCGCGCAUUAAACUCCAAGAACCUAUUUCUAGGGUUUGCCGGCAUGGUGACUGCAGCGGCCGCUUGGGCCAUCUGGGGUGGCGAUAUGUUCCCGGCUGAAGCUGACCCAACUGGAGGCACGGGAUCGAAUUCUUCUGUGGUUAUCCGGAAAACUGGACUGCAGAUGAAAUGCGGACAUGGCUUCGAGUUAGGGGCCUUUUGCCCAGCGAAAGCGCAUCGCGUGACGAGUUACUCGAGCGCAUUAAAGCAAAUAUGCGUGUACCGCGAAGAUCUGCGGCCCAGUGAUGAGAUAGCAGUCGCGUUGUUUCGGGAGUUCUUCGCUUGGCGUGUCGUGGGGUAUUUCCUUGGAUUUCCUUCCAUUUUCCUUCUGCGGCUCAAAAUGUGUAAUCGCGUGGUUGGAUCAUAG